AAUUACUUGUGCUGCACCUUCUCUUCUUCAAGAAGAAGAUUUCUCUCUUGAGUUUAUAGCUUGCUGCAAUGGAGAUGGACAAAACCACUGCAGCUCUAGAGGCCAUUAACAAUGAAACUAUUGAUCUGGAGAAUAUCCCUAUCGAAGAAGUUCUUGAUAACCUGAAAUGCACAGAAGCCGGUCUGAGCUCCGAUGAGGUGGAUAGACGGCUGGAAGUGUUCGGUCACAAUAAACUUGAAGAGAAAAAGGAGAGUAAAAUACUCAAGUUUUUAGGAUUCAUGUGGAAUCCUCUUUCGUGGGUUAUGGAGGCAGCAGCUAUUAUGGCCAUUGCUAUUCCUCAUGGAAAGAAAAACAGUGUUGAUUAUAGCGAUUUCAUUGGCAUUAUGGCUCUUCUUAUAGUCAAUUCAACUAUAAGUUUUAUAGAGGAGAACAAUGCUGGGAAUGCAGCUGCAGCUCUCAUGGCUCGCCUCGCCCCCAAAGCCAAGGUUUUACGCGACUCGAAAUGGAAGGAGGAAGAUGCAGCAGUUUUAGUUCCGGGAGAUAUUAUUAGCAUCAAACUUGGAGAUAUAAUUCCCGCCGACGCCAGAUUACUGCAAGGAGAUCCCUUGAAGAUUGACCAGUCGGCUUUAACCGGCGAGUCGCUUCCGGUGACCAAGCAUCCCGGAGACGGCGUCUACUCCGGGUCCACGUGCAAGCAAGGCGAGAUCGAAGCAGUCGUGAUCGCCACCGGAGUUCAUACUUUCUUCGGAAAGGCAGCUCAUCUCGUUGAAAACACCACACAUGUUGGCCAUUUUCAGCAGGUCCUGACAUCCAUCGGAAACUUCUGCAUCUGCUCCAUCGCCACCGGCAUGGUGAUCGAGGUCAUCGUGCUCGCAUGCCAGAAAAGGAAAUUCCGCGACGCCAUAGAGAACCUUCUCGUGCUGUUGAUCGGUGGGAUCCCCAUCGCCAUGCCCACGGUGCUGUCGGUGACCAUGGCGAUCGGGUCCCACCGCCUCUCCCAACAGGGCGCCAUCACGAAGAGGAUGACCGCCAUCGAGGAAAUGGCCGGGAUGGAUGUUCUGUGCAGUGAUAAAACCGGCACUCUAACUCUCAACAAGCUUACGGUCGACAAGAACAUCGUUGAGGUCUUCGCAAAAGAUGUUGACAAGGAUAUGGUUGUGUUAAUGGCUGCAAGAGCUUCAAGGUUGGAGAAUCAAGACGCUAUUGACUGCGCCAUUGUUUCCAUGUUAGAUGAUCCUAAAGAGGCACGUGCCGGGAUAACAGAAGUUCACUUCCUCCCUUUCAACCCGACUGACAAGAGGACUGCACUCACCUACUUAGACACUCAUGGAAAAAUGCAUAGAGUCAGCAAAGGUGCUCCAGAGCAGAUUCUUAACCUGGCAUAUAACAAAUCAGACAUUGCAAAGAGAGUGCAUUCUAUCAUUGAUAAGUUUGCUGAGAGAGGCCUCAGAUCACUUGCUGUUGCUCGUCAGGAAGUCCCGGAAGGAAGCAAAGAAAGCCCCGGUGGGCCCUGGGAAUUUCUUGGCCUUCUCCCUCUCUUUGAUCCGCCCCGUCAUGACAGCGCAGAGACUAUCAGGAAAGCUCUUGAUCUUGGAGUUAGUGUGAAAAUGAUUACAGGUGAUCAACUAGCAAUUGCUAAGGAGACUGGACGGCGACUUGGAAUGGGCACCAACAUGUAUCCUUCAUCAUCAUUACUCGGUGACCACAAAGACUCCUCGGCUGCGGCUCUGCCGGUGGAGGAACUCAUCGAGAAAGCCGAUGGAUUCGCCGGCGUCUUCCCAGAGCACAAGUACGAGAUUGUAAAGAUCUUGCAGACGAGGAAGCACAUCUGCGGGAUGACAGGGGACGGAGUGAACGACGCGCCGGCGCUGAAGAUCGCAGACAUAGGCAUCGCAGUUGCGGAUUCGACGGAUGCUGCUCGCAGUGCAUCCGACAUAGUACUCACUGAGCCGGGGCUGAGUGUCAUCAUCAGCGCCGUCUUAACGAGCCGCGCCAUCUUCCAGAGGAUGAAGAACUACACAAUAUAUGCUGUGUCCAUUACUAUACGCAUAGUGAUGGGAUUCAUGUUGCUCACAGCAUUUUGGAAGUUCGAUUUCCCUCCGUUUAUGGUUCUUGUCAUUGCAAUUCUUAAUGAUGGUACUAUUAUGACAAUAUCAAAAGACAGAGUGAGGCCGUCUCCAUUGCCCGAUUGUUGGAAGCUGAGUGAAAUUUUCGCGACUGGGAUCGUUCUAGGAGCUUACCUUGCUCUAAUGACCGUUAUAUUCUUCUAUUUAGCCUAUGAAACAACCUUUUUCGCGAAACAUUUCCAUGUAGAAGAUUUCAGCCAGCACGUUGGCGAGCUAAUAGAUGAGAGCUCCAAAGAAUUGAAAGGCAAGUUAUCAUCUGCUGUGUACCUUCAAGUGAGCACCAUCAGCCAAGCCUUGAUUUUCGUCACUCGCUCCAGAGGAUGGUCCUACACCGAGCGACCCGGUCUGCUCCUCGUCGCCGCCUUCAUCGUUGCACAACUGGUUGCAACCUUGUUAUCUGCGGAGGUGACAUCUGACAUGUUUGGGGUGAAGAAAAUCGGGUGGGGAUGGACUGGUGUGAUCUGGUUGUAUAAUAUUCUGUCGUACAUGCUGCUUGAUCCUAUCAAAUUUGGAGUCCGAUAUGCUCUCUCUGGCAGAGCUUGGAAUCUCCUGCUUAACCAAAGGACUGCGUUCAACUCCCAAAAGGAUUUCGGAAAGGAAGCUCGAGAAGCAGCAUGGGCGGCGGAACAGAGAACCAUCCACGGGCUGCAAUCGGCGGAGACGAAAAUGUUCAGCGAGAAGAACGCGUCGAGGGAGAUGAGCAUCAUGGCGGAGGAAGCCAAGAGACGCGCAGAAGUUGCGAGGUUGAGGGAGCUGCACACACUCAAAGGGAAGGUGGAGUCGUUUGCAAAGUUAAGGGGGUUAGACAUUGAUGUCAACCCACACUACACUGUCUGAUCCAACUUCAUUUAUGUUACUUGCUCAUUCAUGCUAUUCAAGAUACACUCAAUAACACCAUAUGCAACUCCACUUGCAUAUAUGUAUUUCUAUCCAAUUAUAGACCGCUCUGUUUUCGUUUUCAUGGUUUUUUUAUGAGACGUGAAGUCAAGUAAUAUUGGAGCAAGAGAUGGACCGAAAGUAGAUGGAUUAAUAGUUGUAACACUAGGAAGAUGCGUUAGCUACUUUGGUUACCACGUUGUUGCAAUAUUUGCUUUUCAUUGUUUGUGCAAAUCUGCGGAAACAUAUAUAAAUAUGCAGUUUUGCAC